AAUUCCACUUUUUAUCUUUGUGUUUUUGACGCAAAAAAUCAUCGAGUCAACAAAACGACGCUCGUAGAGACAUUACAAUUGGUUAACACCUCAGUAAAACAGUUAAUUGUGCCAAAAUCACCCAAAACAAGCAUCUUACCUGUACUGAAGCACAACUCUGAAUGAUUUCAUAAUGACAAACAUUGCCGAGGAUCUGAUAAAGUGUGUGAAUUUCGCCGCCGAGAAACAGAAGGACCAGAGACGCAAAAACCCCGAGAAAACCCCCUACAUAAACCACCCCAUUGGAGUGGCUUACAUCCUCACAAACGAGGCAAAAAUCACCGAUCUUGAGGUGCUCCAAGCCGCUCUUUUGCACGACACCGUCGAGGACACGGCGACCACAUUUGAGGAGAUUGAGGAGGUGUUCGGGAAGCGCGUCCGAGGCAUUGUUGAGGAGGUAACCGACGAUAAAAGUUUACCGAAAGAGGAGCGAAAAAGGCUACAAAUUGAGCACGCGAAAGGCUCCUCAUACGAAGCCAAACUCGUCAAGCUCGCCGACAAAUUGUACAAUUUACGUGACCUGGAAAUCGCCACUCCGGAAGGGUGGAGCGAGGGGCGCGUCCGGGAGUACUUCGUUUGGAGCAGCAAAGUCGUCGCGGGGCUGAGAGGCACCAACGCCCCCUUGGAACACAGUCUGGAUCAGAUCUUUCGUCGGCAUGAAAGAAGUUAA